GGGCUUAUAUAUUUAAUCCUUCACGCAGGGGACGACGCACACAGCCUUGAACUAAUUCCUUCAGUUUAGACUAGCUGCCGAAUUGAAGCUCACUGAGAAGGAUGGCUGGCGCCGUGGCCGAUCCGAACCAUCAUAGCAUUGCCGUGACGGCGCCAGAUCAGCCCCAAGGAUCAACGGCGGUCGAGCCGCCAUGGCUGGCUGCUCAGAGAUGCCUGAACCGCUUCGUCCGCACCGUCGCGCUCUUGGAGAGGGCGGGCAACGGCCUCGGCACGCUCGCGUUCACGUGGGCGACCGUCGUCAUCCUCGGCGGGUUCUCCACGAACCUGGGUCCGGAUUUCUGGUACGCCACGGCGAUAGUGUUCCUCGAGGCUUUCAGGGUGUUUAGCCGUGAAAGCCGAUCAGACGAUGAGUUGUUGUUCAAGACAACAGGAAGCAUUAGGCUGAAAAGGGUGAAACUCAUAGGCAAUGUACCUUAUUACCUGAAUGUAGGGAUCGUGAUGGUAUCUCUGUACGGCACCAUCGAAUUUCUCCUCGUCCAUUACAAAUACCUUCCACAACCACCUCAUCGCAUGCCAUAUCACUUCGUUUUGCUGGCCGUGUUACUAGCGUUAGGGAGCAUGGUGCAGCUUCCCACAAUUGUCAAAUACAUGAAGAAGGGUCACCCAUUACUGCAGGCAAGCCCAUUAGUUGCAGUCCUAGCAUUUGGUGGUGUACUCUUAUGGACCAAUGCUCCUGCACGAUUUGCGGCAUUGGUUGUUGCACCACUUUUUGUUGGAUGCUUGCAUAGUUUAAUAGCGGCCUGCCUGAAAAAAACCGAAAUACUACCUCAUAUUCCUAAAUUGCUCCAGAAAUUUGGUUCCUUGAUAUUCCCGGUUUGGAUAGCUAUUUCAGUGCCGAUCGCAUUUCGGUCUAUGGGCAUCCUCAUACUGCUAGGGACGCUGCUUGUAGGCAACAUCCAGAUUCCCAUGGCUCUGGCGCGGAUCGGGCUCUCGUUGAUGCGCCUAUCCAGCAAGGAGAGCCAUAAGGUCGUCCCGGGCGGUGAAAACAAUAAUGAGCACCUUGCACCAGCGCUCAGGAUUUUUUACAGCAUGGUGCUUGGCCAAGGGACGCUGUACAUUCUUGCGUGCUUAUGCGAGUCUGUACUCUUCCACUUCCUUCGGGGAUAUCUUGCAAGGGCACUAGGUGAUGUCAAGGAGGGAUUUGAAUCUGUUGAUAUGUACUAUGAGCAUGCCUACGACAAGUGUAUGGAAGAUGGUGUGCUUGCUCAGGAGGACCUACAUCUUGUGAGGUUCGCGGUUGACUCUCUCAACUCCAACUCACGCAACAGGAAGCUCGCCGCGGUCCAAAUUCUGCACUCCCUUCUUCUGCCACGAGAGGCCUCUAACAAAUUGCCUGACUCAGACAGAACCACCUGCACAAAGGCGGUUGUCACCUUGAUCAGCAUGCUGCGUUGGACUGGUCCAGACGAUCAGAUUAUCAGGUUUUUCGCUGCAAAGAUUGCCGCUGAGCUUGCUGGAGAUCUCCUAAUUGUUGGCAUCCCAGGCACAAUACAAAUGGUAUCUUCUCUUCUUGAUUCUGAUGCAAAGAAUUCUUUGGUCAAGCAAAGCAAUUCAGCUCAAAUAGUGGAUAACAAUGAACAGUCCAAUGAUAAUGGGCAACUAAUAAUAAGUCACGAUUCAGCUACCACAGUGGACAUGAAGGGGGUGGAAGUUCCUUAUCAAACAGUAAAAAUAAUAAAAGAUUAUUCAGCCCAUGCAGAAGCCAACAGCAAAUGGUGGUGCAAAACAUGGAAAUUCUUGCUAUCCGUCAAGGGGAUGCUGUCAGUUCCAAAAGAAGGAAAAGAACCUUGGACGGAUGAGGAUUCGUUUCCUGUGCAGGGGAUGAUAAUCCUUGAGAAACUCACUCACAAUCCUGACAACUGUGCAGAAAUCAACAGAGCAGCCGGACUCAUACCGAAGAUCAUAGGCUUCAUGAGCUAUACCAACACGAACGCAACAAACAUUAGCAAGGCGCGUCAAAAACUAUGUAUCACUUCAGCUUUGAAGUUGAUUGCAAAGCUUGUGAGCACCGAAGGGGAAAUUGGUUUGGCUCUCCGGCAGAAGAUCUCAGAACAAGCUUUCCUACUCAGUAACCUCGCUGAAAUUUUGGAGGAUAGCCACACUGGAAUGGAUCAACAGCUCACAAUGGUUAUCAUUUCAAAGCUUGCUCUUGAUGACGAAACAAGACAUGAGAUUGGGAGCUUCCAAUUGUUCAUCACUAAGUUGAUGCAUGUAUUUCUUGGUCGAGAUGGAUCAACAAACACAUACUAUGAUUGUUCACUGCGAAUGGUGGCAGCAGAAGCGCUGUCAAAUUUGUCAAUGGAGAAUCCCGCCAACUGCUCAUCUAUCUUGGAGGAAACAAGAUAUGAUCUUAUUGAUAACCUCAAGAAAAUGAUUCUGAAUGAUGAGUUUGCAUGUUUUGCAGAAAGUCUACUGGAGAAUCUGUGCUCUCACUCCAGAAACAAGCUGCAGCAACAAGAAUCACGCGAGCACCUCUCGUCUGCCUUGCAAGGGGUGUUGGUGAAAAUGAUGGUUGCCGAGGGCAAGCAACUGGAGUUCCUUAUCGGCCUCGCCUCGCAGAUCUAUACUGUGAUCCCUGAAAGUUUUGCCCACAAGCUAGAGUCACAUGCCAAUGCAACAGGACUCGUUCAAAAGCUGGUGGUUACACUCAAUUCCAAUAAGAAACCAAGUCAUGAAUAUCCAAGGAUGAGAAGGGUCGUUGUUGAGAUGAUAAUAUCGGUUGUGGUCUCGUGUCCACACUGCGCAAUCAUUUUCAGAGAACAAGGGAUGAUGGAAGCACUGACCAAGGUAGAGAGGACCCCAUCCAAGGUGGAAAAGUACAGGGUUUUCUUCGGUGACACAGGAGUGGUUCUGGAGCGCGGCUUACCUCUGCGCGACCUAGUAGCUAGAGCCAAAGGGCUCAUUGAUCCUUCAACUCCAACUCCAGGUGCUCAACUAUUGUGACAUUGCAUGAUUAAUCGUCAUUGGUCAAUCACCAUCUACUGAUGAUAAAGCAAGAGACCGAAGCCAUACUAUUGUUGUAUAUGUGUUCUUGGUGCCAAUCUUCCAGACAAGCACUGUCUUUAUAUGAUUAAAAGAAUGUAGUAUUGUAUAUUCUAAAUUGGUUUGACGAUGUGUUUCUGGUCGCAGAGCUUUAUACUACUUAAAAGCUGAUGUAAAGAGGAAUAUCAUUUUUCUACUUGCAGAUGUUUUCCCUAUUAUAUUUACGGUUGCACCUCUGUAAGAGUAUUAAUUAAUAUUGCCUUCCAGAUGCUA